GUUCACGCAGUUGCCAAUCCUGAUCAAUGAAAUGAAAUGAAUAAAUACUUGCUGGGCACCCAGGUAGCCAAGCACCCGACAGAGAGGUAGGUAUGCGUGCUCCCAUCAGUCGUGAUCCUUCCCCGAUACAAAUAGCCUGUUGGAGUUUGGGGGGGUUGGAGUUCUGGCAACCACAUCCAUUCCGAUUCCCAUCGUUCAACGACGCCCUGCACCCACGCCAUCCCCCCACGAAAAAAGCAAGCCGCAAGCCGCAAGCCACAAGCCACAGCGCAACUAUCAUAAGCCCAGAAUUUCUAGACUCUCCUUAGUGCCCGCAUAAAAAUGCACCAGGUUGAAUGAGGGGCAAAAUUGAAAAAGGGAAAAAUUUCAAAGUUGGAAGGAGGGGCAUGGCUGCAUUAGAGUGCGUCAUAUCUUACCCGUAUUCCGUACCUCUGUGGCAUCAACUUUUACGAAUGGCAAAACUGCAGAACCACACAACCAUUAUAUAUCAUUGGCUUCGUGCGCUUGACAUCCAUGAUAUGAGACGGCGAGCUUCAUGGAUUCUGUGUGAUUUUCGUCUUGGUAAGGAAGAGAGACAGAGAGAGGGGACAGAAAGAAAAAGAAAAGGAAAAAAAGUGCAGUGUACAAUGUACAAUGUACCUACAAUCCUGUAAGCAAGAGAAGAUCCAUUCAAUGCAAAUGGCUCUUUUAUUUGGGUCUGUCUGCCAGAAAACCACAAUAAGUGUAAAUCUCUUACACACAUGCUCAUUUUCAUCCUCGUCAAUUGGUCUGUCGGAUUUGCUCUCUGGGAUUCUUGCUUUGCUGCCACAUACCCGCGCUCUACAUAGUAUAGUAUGACGGUUAGCAGGAAAUAUACCUUGGUCGCAACUUACACUUUCAUAUGAUCGCUACGACUAUUUAAGCUCGAGAGAAUCGAUUUUCCUUCCAGUCCUCUUUUUAUCUAGCAUUUAUUAUUUUUGGUCCAAUCGACUUGAAAGAUUUGUAAAAUCUCAGAUUGUACCUGAAUUGCCUACCUUGGAUUGUUCUGGAAACGAACAACAAAGGAAACCUUGGACCACUUCGCAAAGCUCUACUUGAGAUAUAGAUUGCUUGUAUUGAUUAGUGUGUCUGCCGUUUGGAUCCUGCUAUUGUCAUUUACAACUUCAAUCGAUAGAUUUGACUUAAAAUAUAACCAGCAAGAUGACUUCCAUGAAACCAAUCUUCUGUGCUACCCACCCCAGAGCAUGCUCUACCGCAUUCGAAAGAGUCUUUAUGACUCGCGAUGACGUCCUUGCCUGUGUUCACGAACCCUUUGGAGAUGCAUUCUACUUUGGUCCCGAGAGACUCAGCCCGAGAUAUGAAGACGAUGAAGCCGCGCGCAAGGAGAGUGGUUUCGCAGAUAGUACAUACAAGACGAUUUUCGAGAGAAUUGAGAAAGAAGGCAAAGAGGGAAAGCGACUUUAUAUCAAAGAUAUUAUUCACUACCUUGUGCCUCCUCAAGGGAAACCAGCAUCAAUUGCUCCCUCACUCGGAGGUAAAAGUGUCAAGAAGGGUGUCGGCACCAACGGCGAAACAAACGGAGUAAACGGGGUGUCAAAUGGGGAAACCAAUGGGGUUAACGGCCACACAAACGGCCAUACCAAUGGACACACCAAUGGACACACUAACGGCACCACCGCCAAAGCCCCAUAUCCAUAUAACACCGUCGCUGAGCCCGGAAACCCCACCGUUGUCCCCGCCGAAAUCCUCAAGCAAUUCCACUUCACCUUCCUCAUCCGCCAUCCCCGUUCUAGCAUUCCCUCCUACUUCCGCUGCACCAUUCCUCCUCUGGACAAAGUAACUGGCUUCUACGACUUCAUGCCUGAAGAAGCCGGUUACGAUGAACUCCGUCGCGUAUUCGAUUUCCUACGCUCCAAUAACCAAGUUGGACCCAGCAAUGCCGGAACCCCCGAAUCCCAGUCUGAGAAUCUGAAAGACGGAGAAGUGAGUGUUACGGUUAUUGACGCAGAUGAUUUGUUGGAUAAUCCAGAGGGUAUCAUUAAAGCUUAUUGUAAAGAGGUGGGCUUGGAAUAUGAUGCCAAUAUGUUGAUUUGGGAUACCGAAGAGCAUCACAAGAAAGCGCGCGAGGCGUUUGAGAAAUGGAGGGGUUUCCACGAUGAUGCUAUUAAUUCUUCGAGUUUGAAAGCGAGGGAACAUAAAAAGAAAACCAAAACCAUAACCCAAGAAAACGAAGAAUGGGCCGAGAAAUACGGCGCGGACGCGGCGAAAAUCAUUAGAGAAACGGUGGAUGCGAAUAUUGACGAUUAUGAAUAUUUGAAACAAUUUGCGGUUAAGGUUUAGGGAGUUUCUUCUUCUUUUUGGAAGAAAGGGAGGGAGGGAAUUCUUGAGGAUUGUUAUAGAAGGGCAAAUGGAAAUACAGAAUAAUAGAACAAUGGCUGAAGAGCCGGAUGAGGGAGAUGCUGGAUGGCUGGGUAGGGUUUGGGAUGGAAUGAUGAUGAUGAUGAUUUGGGGAUUUGGGGAUUAGGAUUUGGUGGAUUAGUGAAUGUGAGGUUUCUGUUUAUAGUUUUUCUUAUGGUUCAAAUGUGAAUAUGAACAUAUAUGUAUAUGUGUUUGUGUAUAUGUGUGUGUGUGUCUGUAUGCUUUGAUAUAAGAUCGAGGACAUAGAAUCAAGGACACAGAAUCAAGGAUACAAAAUAGAUAAUAUAAAAUAGAUAAUAUAAAAUAGAUAAUAUAAAAUAGAUAAUAUAAAAUAGAUAAUACA